GAGAGGGAGAGCGAGACAGAGAGGGAGGGAGAGAGAGGCAGAGAGAGAGAGAUGCGGUGUGAGUGUGUUGCUGUUCUAAUGCGGUGUGUGUGUGUGUUGCAGGACGGCUCAUGCCAGGACGAAGGGAGAGGCAGCAGACCAGGCAGCUCUCUCGGCCAGACAAGAUUGUGACAUUGCUAGGGCCGUCUCUAGGGAGCUGUCCCCAAACUUCCACCAACCAGGUCCUGACUAUAUCAAGCAGGUGUUCAUGGAGCCAGUAGAUCCUGCUGAAGAGAAGGAGAAAGACAACCCCACCAGCCCUGCCAAGACCCCCGGGCCCACCCCUCCCCCAUCGCCCCACAGCAAGAAGAGACAGCACAGCAACAGCGUCUCCACCUCCGCCUCCCGCAAGACCAGCAAGGACGAAUCAUCACACAGUCACAAGGCCAGCAAAGAGGAGAAGCCGGGCCUUAAGAUCAGCAAGGACGAAUCAUCACACAGUCACAAGGCCAACAAAGAGGAGAAGCCGGGCCUUAAGAUCAGCAAGGAGGAGCGGUCGAGCAGAAAGUUGAGUAAAGAGGAGAGGGUGUCCAUCGCUGCCGAGCCUCCAAGAGCUGCUGCUCCCUCUUCCCAGAUUAGAUACAAGGAGGCUCCGGCCAAACCCCCCAAGGCCCCGGAGCCCGGCCCCACUAACGCACCACCUCCCCAGGUCAGAUACGAGGAGGCUCCAGCUCCAGCCAAACCCCCCAAGGCCCCAGAGCCCGGCCCCACCAACGUACCACCUCACCAGCCUGCUGUUCCGCAGACGGUGGCGGGUCCUGGUAAUGGAAUGGGACAGCUCCACUCCCAGUAUCAUAGCUACUACGUCAAAGCUCCCUCCAGGGGACCCCUGCCGCCGGAACCUGAGCCUGAGGAGGACGAGGAGCCCAGUCAGCUGACCCUGGCCAGGAUGGCCCCGCCAACCCCCAAACCGACGCCCACCAGCGAGCCGUGCAAACUCAGGAAGCAGGAUUCGCUAAAACCAAAGAGCCUGGCAGAGACCAAGAAGGCCAGUAUGGAGAUGGCUGAGGGGAAGGAGGAAGAGAAUGCUCCUAAUUCUAUCCUGGUUGCUAUGGUGAUGCUGUUGAAUAUCGGCCUAGCGAUCAUAUUUGUUCACUUCCUGACAUGAUGGUCCUGUUUCUCAGUGAUGCCAUGGCAACCGGUGCAGUUGCGUUGCCUGCCGGCUAAACAUCUAAAUGGCGGCAGUCAGACUCGGGGGGAGGCCGCAGGAGCUCGGGAAACAGCUGUGUGACAUAGGAGAGAAACAGGAGAGAAACAGGAGAGGCAGGAGAGAAGGUCCCGCAGCCUGUCCUGGGUCGUCCACAGACCUGCCUGAUCAUAAUGCUCUCCUCUGGAGCCUGUGAAAGAACAAACGGACAUGUCUGAGGGAGAUAGUACAAACACUACAACAGAAAAUGUAAACACACACACACACACACAUACACAUACACACACACACAUACACAUACACACACACACACAUACACAC